AGGGCUGCUGGGGCUGGAACCCAAAAGCCACUGGACUCUAACCUAACCCUGCUGGGCACCGCAGAGGCAGAGGAGUGAUGAGUGAGAGGAGGGUGGUGGUGGACUCGCCCGCCGGCACCAGCUCCAGCAUGCCCCUCCAGAGGCGCAGGACAUCUUUCAGGGGGACACGAUCAUCGUCCUCCCUGGACAGCCCCCCAGCCUCCAGGACCAAUGUCAUGGGCAGCCUCAUCCGCACCCCUGGGGUCUAUGUAGGGACAACGCCCAGCGGGGGCAUAGGUGGCCUGGGUGCCCGUGUGACCCGCCGGGCCCUGGGCAUCAGCAGUGUGUUCCUGCAGGGCCUGCGGAGCUCAGGCCUGGCGGCGGUGCCUGCUCCGGGCCUGGAGAGGGACCAUGCUUCUGUGGAGGACCUAGGGGGCUGCCUGGUGGAGUACAUGGCCAAGGUGCACGCCCUCGAGCAAGUCAGCCAGGAGCUGGAGACGCAGUUGCGGAUGCACCUGGAGAGCAAGGCCAAGCGUUCUGGGGGUUGGGGCGCCCUCCGGGCCUCCUGGGCCAGCAGCUGCCAGCAGGUGGGCGAGGCCGUUCUGGAAAAUGCCAGGCUCAUGCUGCAGAAUGAGACUCUCCAGGCGGGUGCUGAUGACUUUAAAGAGAGAUAUGAAAAUGAGCAGCCAUUUCGCAAGGCAGCGGAAGAGGAAAUUAGCUCUCUGUAUAAAGUCAUUGAUGAAGCUAAUUUGGCAAAGAUGGAUCUGGAGAGUCAAAUAGAAAGUCUGAAAGAAGAACUUGGCUUUCUGUCAAGGAACUACGAAGAGGAUGUAAAGGUGCUGUACAAACAGCUCGCAGGGUCUGAGCUGGAGCAAAUGAAUGUUCCCAUGGGCACUGGUCUGGAUGGCAUCCUUGAGACAAUCAGGAUUCAGUGGGAGAGAGACGUUGAAAAGAAUCGGGCGGAGGCAGGAGCCCUGCUCCAGGCUAAGCAACACACAGAGGUGGCCUGCGUGUCCCAGACCCAGGAAGAGAAGCUGGCCGCUACCCUCAGGGUAGAGUUACACAACACUUCGUGCCAAGUCCAGAGCCUCCAGGCCGAGACGGAAUCCUUACGGGCUCUGAAACGAGGCCUGGAGAACACCCUGCAUGACGCCAAGCACUGGCACGACAUGGAGCUACAGAACCUGGGCGCCGUGGUGGGCCGACUGGAGGCCGAGCUCCGCGAGAUCCGCACGGAGGCCGAGCAGCAGCAGCAGGAGCGCUCGCACCUGCUGGCCCGCAAGUGCCAGCUGCAGAAGGACGUGGCGUCCUACCACGCCCUGCUGGACCGGGAGGAGAGCGGCUAGUGGAGAAACUUCCUCCUUUUCAUGCAGAA